AUGAUGCUCCAAAAAGCACAUGAAGUACUAGAAGCACUCGUUCUACUAGGACAAAAACUAAGAAAAGAAGUUCAUCCCAACGCUGAUGAGCAACAACCAACUGUUCCGGCUCCUGCUGCAACACCAGCUCAAAUCGAGCAACAGCCAGAAGUUCCGGCUCCAGCUCCAACAGUUCCAGAUGUUCAACAGCCUGUCCUGGUUCCAGAAACUGCUCAACUCGUUCCACCAUCAGCUACUCUUUUUUAUUUCAUAAAACUGUUCAGCAUAGUCAAAAAUACCAGAAUAUGCUAA